AUGUGCAUACCAGAAUCUCCACAUUCGCAGUUGCUUUGUCUUCGCAAAUGGGGCUUUCGUCGUUGUGAGGAUAUCUGUUGGAUCAAGACAAAUCGAGGUCGUCCGGGUCACGAAGCCCUGGAACCGGGCGCGGUGUUUCAGCGAACCAAGGAGCACUGUCUGAUGGGCAUACACGGCACAGUUCGACGAUCCACCGAUGGUGAUUUCAUUCACGCCAACAUUGAUAUCGAUCUGAUCAUUGAGGAGGCUCCUAAGCAUGGGGGUUAUGCGGCCAAGAAUAAACCGACCGAAAUAUUUCACAUUAUUGAACAUUUUUGUCUCGGACGUCGAAGACUGCAUCUUUUCGGUCGGGACAGCACGCUUCGUGCGGGUUGGCUUACCGUUGGGAACGAAUUAUCCGCCUCCAAUUUCGAUGCACGUCUCUACGCGAGUAACUUUGCCAAAGAGCCAAACGGCCUUCUACUCGGUUCUACCGAGGAGAUCGAACGGCUUCGACCAAAGUCUCCGCCCCCUAGACACCCAAAUCCACCCAAUCCUGGCGGUUCCAAUGUAAAUGUGAACAACCCGUCCGGGUCCAGUGCGGGUGCUGGCAGUUCUGGUGUUCCCGGUAACGAUGGUGCAGGUGGAUCGACGUCCGAACAAAAUGCUCAUGCGAUGGGCAACUUCCCGAACGCGUCAGCUCAUGGAAUGGGGUUAACCGCAGCAUCAGCUUUGCAUUCAAUAUCGCUGCCCACGUCGGGAGUCGGUCCGACUGGGUCAUCCGCAUCCAGUUCAGGUGCACUGUCUUCAGGGCCCGGACUGCACUCCUUGCUCGCGACAGGCAUGACAAGUCGUAAGUGGUUACCGAUUCGUCUCUCUCAAGCGGUUCUUAUCGGUCAUCUCGAAAUCAAACCUGAUAUGCGAGCGAGGACAUCGUGGCUUAAUACCAGAGUGUCCUUGGAGACGAACUAA